CGACUGUUGGAUAAUCUGUCUAAGAGGGCUUGGUCAGCUUAAGAGAUUCCAAACUAUUUUCGGAUCUUCUGCAGUCUAAUCUGCAGUAAAACAACCAAAGAAAAUUACAACUUGGACCUAAUUGAGGAGCUAGGAGGAAUCAUACCUGAGUGAGAUCCCAACCUGUAAUUAGAUUAACUUUAACUGUAGUUUGCUAGAGUUGUUACACUUAGUAAGUAGUAACUAUAGUGACACGAGCCUAUUAUCCCCCUCCAAUAUCGAAUUGGAUGUUGAUUCGAUAUUUAUUACUUGUGCCACUAUAGUUACAAUUGGCCAUUGUUAAGAGUUUUGUUUUAGCGAGUCAAGUUUUCGGCGCCGUUGCUAGGGACUUUCUAAAUUAUUAGGUAAGGAAGAAGUUUGUUAAUUUAGCUUUUAUUUCUUUUGUUUUUCUUUUCCACCGUUGCUUUUCACUUCGAUGUUUUGUUUGUGAUUGUGCAUAUCUGCAUCAUGCAUCGAGGCUUCUCCGACCAGUGGGGGUAUCAACCAUCACCCGGUUGGUAUUACCCUGAGAUUUCAUUGGAUAACCAGCACGAAAAAGGCUAUGGAUUUGGGUUCCAGGAAGAACAACCACCCUACUACGGAGAACAACCAGACCCUUGGGAACCUCAAGAACAAUAUCUUUAUCAAGAAGAAUUCCUCCCACAACCAGCAGGGCAGAGUUGGAGUUAGCCAUGGAGGCCUUCACGGGCCAUUCUGCAGAGUCAUGCUACACUCCACUAGCAGAUCGAAAUAUACAAUUGAGGUUUCUCGUGGAGCAGAUUGCUCGAGACACCGAAAGAUCAUGCUCCAAGAUGGACCUUCAUAGCCAAACUAUUUCCCAAACUGACUUCUCCUUUCUCCUUGAAACCCGUGAAAAAAAGGAGACCCUCCGAAGCAUAAACAAGCACUUAGAGGUCAUUGAGAAAUCUUGUGCACCAUUUUCUCAAGACAACCUUUAUACUACCAUGCAAGCAGAGGAGGAGGAAGAAGAAUCCAAUCACGGGGAUGUUGAGGAGCAUACAGAAGUUGUCACGGAGACCUCCCGUGAUAAUCAUGAUAAGAAAUGUCCUCUGGUGGCAGAUCACACCUUUACCCAUUUCUGCUUUGACAUACUGGGCUCGAGCGAGGAGAUGCAAGGUUUUCUCAUUGAAGAAAUUACUUGGAGACUUGCUCUCCAAUCCGAGGUGGAAGAAGAAGAGAGAGAAAGGGUGAGGGAAGAAGUUGUGGAGGAUGAGGAAGAAAGCCAAGACGAGGAGAUUCUUGAUCUUUUCCAAGGGCACGAAUCAAAUUCUGAGGAAGGAAGGAGGGUUGAAGAUGCAAUUGGCGUCCAGGAUGAGGACGACGUUGAGUUGGAAGAGGCUUGCACCGGCCAUGAGUUACAUGUGGUAUCUCCACCAAAAUUCGAGGAGCUGCUUGGCAAGGACCUAUUUGCAGUGUCUAUUUGCAAGACCAAGGCCACAUCGACAUUGUUCUUUCUAGGUGGACUCGACGGUGGUUAAUCUAUGCUAUCAUAUAUGGUUUGGAGCAAUGAGACGAGAAAAGAAGAGAAAAAGAGGUCUCGAGGGUGCAGACUUCAUCUGACUCAAGUGCACGAGCCUACUCCACUUGAUGCACCACAUGCUUGUGACUUGAGACUCCACCUCAUCGACGAGCACCUCAACUUCAAGGAAGUUAUGGGGUGGACCAAAACUUAGGAGCCACCGUCCGGCUCACGACGUGAAAGAAGCGCCAGUCGGGAGGCAACUUAACCACUCAAUUUGCAUUUCUUUCCCUUUUUCUCUUUGGUUGACCUUGUUCUUUGAUUUUAGAGUCAAUAACUCAACAAUUGUGAGAUUUUGUGUGGUGUUUGUGUUCUGAAUGCUCUCUCUACUUUCUCCUGGAAUGCAACGUCUGCCCCGUCCACCAUUAUUCACACUUGAUCUGGUAACUUCAUUCUACCCUUCUUAUCUUUCCUCCAUUGAGGAUAAUGGCAUGCUUAAGUGUAGGGGGAUGUUCCAUUAUGUUUGCAUGCGAAUGUUGUAUGUGUGUGCUUGGAGCCUAGUCCAUUGUCCAAAUUUUAAGAUUUGAGAGCUCCAAGUGCGUUGUUUCCUUGCAAAUGCCUGCUCAGUUUGCUUUGAAUUGACAGUCUUUAUAGUAAUAUGCAACCUAGCGAGGUAGUGUAGCACUAUUGAGGAUGUUGAUGCAUUAAGAAGUCUCAUUUCUUCUUCAUAUUGUGUUGGUUGAUUGUGAGAAUUAGUGGUCUUAGAACACUUUAAUCGUGUGGAUUGAUGACUCUCUCCCUGUCAUGGACUCUGUAUUAUGUUUUGAAAAAGGUGCUCUCAACUGUGCUUUCAAAAUCAUGUAUCUCAUGUGGAAAUCAGUGAAAGUGUGUGUAAGGGGAGACGAGAAUCCGUUCCCAACUUCCACCUACUACCUCCAGCCCCCUUUCACCUCUUUCCCCCCACAAGGCUUGAGACAUCUGCUCCCAGCAUGGCCUGUAAGAGCCUGGCUCCCUCAAAAUCUUUGCUAGGUGGGAGCCCCGUUUUCUAGAAAUGACAGGUUGGAACCCUUGCAAGCAAAGACAAAAAUAGACAAUCAAGAAAAUGAAAGGAAAAAGAAGAGGGGUUUCAACCAUCUGCAAAGAAAAAAGAGAGCACCUAAAAAGUUGAGUCCAUGAUUUUCUGUUUUUGAGAUUUGCUUUAUUCACGGAUCAUUUGUCCUAAGACCACUACUUGGCAUGAUCCUGAUUCAGGACUAGAGUUAUCGUCGAAGAAGUUAGGAGGUGUCUUGUGCGUUGGUUGACCUCGUAAGCUGCUAAAUGACUUAGGACAUCCUCUGCCAAUGAUUGGGGUUGCAUGUUGAUGUAAAGGUCUGGAGAGUUGCAUCGGUUUGAGUCAGGUUUUCUUGGGGACAAGCAAACGGUUAAGUGUUGGGGAAUUUGAUAGCAAUGAAUUUGCACAUGUUUCCCCCGUCAAUUCUUGAUUGUUUAAGCUUGCGUUAUGACUUCUUUGAGCUAUUUUGGAGGAUUCCUUCACUAUUGGAGUUUGAGAAUCAAGUUUGGAGAUGUAAAUAGAAGAUCUAGAUCAAAUUUCGGCAUUCUAUCUUCUCUAUGGAGUAACUUCACUUCACUUAAAAAUUGUUAAUUAACCAUGUCUCAUAAAUCAUAAUUUUUUUU